GUUGCUUCUUCACGUUUAGCUUGCAUCCGGAUCAGCUUGCGACAGCUUUGUCUCUUGUCGGUGUAUAUUUUGGUCAGCUGUUUUUUGUGUCCCUGUCAAUGACAACAUCUGUCAUUAGCAUUGACUGGAAGAACAGGAAUCCUGAACGCCUGUGUUGAGUAUGGAGGAGAUGCUGAAGCAGGAACUGGGCACCUCGGUGCUGAAGAGAACCAGGAUGGGAGGGGGAGGUUGCAUCAGCGAGGGUGUGGCAUAUGAGACUGAUGAGGGUCUAGUCUUCGUCAAGAUGAACAGUGGAUCCGAGGCACGGAAGAUGUUUGAUGGAGAGUUUGCAAGCCUUGUUGCUCUGUACAAAGCUGAUGAAGUGAAAGUACCAAAACCCAUCAAGGCGCUGACAAACCCUGAGGGCGGCGCCGUCUUGGUAAUGGAGUAUCUGGACAUGAACAGUCUCUCCUCCUACUCUGCAGCGCUCGGCCAGCAACUAGCGAGACUUCACCAACAGAAUGCUGAGAUAGGUCGGCAGAGGUUGAAGGAACUUCAGUCUGUACACAAAGACCUGGAUCUCAUCUACGUGGACAAGUUCGGUUUUGAUGUGGAGACAUGUUGUGGUUCUAUUCCUCAAAAUAACAAGUGGACAGAUAGCUGGGUGCAAUUUUAUGCCCAGAAAAUCGAAGAGCAAAUCCAGAGGCUUGAAUCUGAGUAUAGAGACAAAGGUGCUCGGGAACUGUGGUCACAGAUACUUCCCAGCAUGCCUAAGCUGUUUGAUGGCCUUGACAUUCAGCCUGCUUUGCUGCAUGGGGAUCUGUGGGCUGGAAAUGUUGGGCAGCUGUCAGACAGACCGGUGAUAUUCGACCCCAGCAGUUUCUAUGGGCAUGCUGAAUUUGACCUGGGAAUAGCCAACAUGUUUGGAGGGUUUAAUUCUGCAUUCUUCAAUAACUACUUCAAGGUCCUGCCCAAACAGCCAGGCUACGAGACAAGACUGCAGCUGUAUCUGCUCUUCCAUAAACUCAACCACUGGAAUCAUUUUGGAAGCUCUUACAGAGGCUCCUCCAUGGGAAUACUGAAACACUUAGUCAAAAAGUUGCAGGAACGCUGAAGUGCAAUCCAGUCUACAGUCUCAAAGUGUUACAGGAACGUUGAAGUGCCAUCCAGUCUACAGACUUCGGUUUCAGCAGUAUUGAUUUGUGAAGAUUUUUGCCGUGGGACAUUAAUUUGAUUUAUACUUUAUUUAUAGUUCUCAUUUAUGGUCAGAAUAAUUUUGUGGAGUUGACAAUGUAUCGAUAAUAGUCACUAAUGCCUACCUCCAUGCAUUUUACAUAAUUUUGUUUUAAUUGGCUGAAGAGAAUUGUUGAUACAUUAAUUUAGUUUUGUUGAAAGGCGUUAUUUGUUUGCAUGCUGUUAUUAGUGUAAACAUAUCUGUUUGACUGUAUACUAGAUAUUUGUGUAACUAAAUACUAUGGAGGUGUACCAGUGGCACAGUUUAAAGUAUGAUACAUAUACAUAGAUGAUACUUUCAUCAAAGUAGGGGCGGUGGGGUAGCCUAAUGGUUAAAGCAUUGGCUCGUCACGUCGAAGACCAGGGUUCGAAUCCCCACAUGGGUACAAUGUGUGAAGCCCAUUUCUGGUGUCCCCCGAACGUGAUGAUGCUGGAAUAUUGCUAAAGGCGACGUAAAACCAAACUCAGUCAGUCAGUUCAUCAAAGUAGAUGAUACUAAGCGAUUAUUGAUGACAGUUUUCCUUUGGCCAGUCAUAUCAGGCCGAGACUACCAGGACACUAAUACUUUUUCAUACUUGCUGAUAGAAAUGUAUUAUGAAGAUGGCAACUUUACAGAUACUAUUACGUUAGGGGAUGCUUUAUUGCAAAUGCUUGAUAAAAAAAAAUAUGAUGAUAAAAAAGAAGGACAAACUUGCGCAACCACAUUUUCAUUUAAUUUUUUUUUUAAAGAUUUUUUAAAUUGCAUCGCACGACUUUAUGGGCUGCUCAUAUGUUUGAUUAUCACGCCCUGAACUUAUGGGAAAACAUUGUCUUGAAAAGGCUAGAUACACCAUGUACAGAAAUGUGUGUGAGGUGAUGGUGGUGUCUGUCUGUGUAGGUGGUGUCCUUGGUGUGUUUCAUGUGUGUGGGGGGUAGGUGGGGGGUGCUUGAAUAUGUGUGUGUGCAUGCAUGAUAGGUGUGUGCA